AUGUCACUCCAAACACCUAUCACAGAGCUGUUCAAGAUCCAACAUCCUAUCCUCCUCGCAGGGAUGAACGUCGCUGCUGGCCCCGAGCUCGCCGCGGCCGUCACCAACGCGGGAGGCAUGGGCGUGAUUGGCGGUGUGGGGUACACACCGAGGGUGCUCACGCAGCAGAUCAAGAUCCUCAAGGAUAACCUGAAGGACAAGAACGCGCCUUUUGGUGUGGACCUGCUGCUUCCCCAAGUGGGAGGUAAUGCGCGCAAGACGAACUAUGAUUAUACCAAGGGCCAGCUGCCAGCGUUGAUUGAUGUGAUCAUCAAGGAGAAAGCCGCGCUGUUUGUGUGUGCCAUCGGUAUCCCUCCCAAGGAAGUGGUCGACAAGCUUCACGCGGCGGGGAUCCCCGUGAUGAACAUGGUUGGGCAUCCCAAGCACGUUCCCCGCGCACUCGCAGCCGGUGUCGACCUCAUCUGCGCCCAAGGCGGUGAAGGCGGCGGGCACACCGGCUCCAUUCCCUUCUCCCUCCUCAUGCCCGCCUGUGUCGACGCUUGCCGCGGAAAACGUUCCUCGUUCACGGGUCAACCGAUCCACGUCAUCGCCGCCGGUGGGGUAUACGACGGGCGCGGGCUGGCCGCGGCGCUUAUGUUCGGUGCGCAGGCGGUGUGGGUUGGCACGCGUUUUGUGGCUAGUACGGAAGCGGGUGCGCCGAGGAUGCAUAAGGAGGCCGUCACGUCUGCUGGAUACGAUGACACGAUCCGAAGUGUGAUCUUCUCUGGUCGCCCGCUGAGAGUGAGGAAGACCCCAUACGUUGAAGACUGGGAAAACAACCGCCAGGCAGAGAUCGCCGAGCUCACAGGAAAGGGGAUCAUCCCCGCUGAAAAGGACUUAGAGGAGCACCCGGAGAAGAGUCUUGAGGCUCGUCCAUGGCUCAUGGGUCAGGUCGCAGGGGCGAUUGGGAGUGUGAAGCCUGCGAAGGAGAUCGUGGAUGAGAUGGUGCAAGGGGCUGUGGAGCAGUUGCGCAUGGGGGCGGGCUUAGUUAAGGGACGGGCGAAGCUUUGAGGAAGGACCCAGGGAGGAAGGAGGAGG